AUGCGUGUUGAAAUUCUUGUAUCCUAAACGCUGGUUCUGGAAGCUGGUGUGUGCUGUUUUAGCUAACGUUUAUAUCUGUUUCUGAUCUAGUUUACACAAAAAAAAUGGCAGCUAGAUAUGAUCGAGCUAUAACUGUUUUCUCUCCUGAUGGUCACCUUUUUCAAGUGGAAUAUGCUCAAGAAGCGGUGAAGAAGGGCUCUACGGCUGUUGGAAUCCGGGGCAAAGACAUCGUUGUUCUGGGUGUAGAAAAAAAGUCUGUAGCCAAGCUGCAAGAGGAGAGAACGGUUAGGAAGAUCUGUGCCCUCGAUGAGCACGUGUGUAUGGCAUUUGCAGGUCUCACGGCUGAUGCAAGGAUUGUCAUUAACAGAGCAAGAGUGGAGUGCCAGAGUCACAGACUUACAGUAGAGGACCCUGUUACUGUAGAAUACAUCACGCGUUAUAUUGCUACGCUUAAACAGCGUUACACCCAGAGCAAUGGAAGGCGGCCAUUUGGCAUCUCCGCCCUAAUUGUGGGUUUUGACUAUGACGGGACUCCACGUCUGUAUCAGACAGACCCUUCGGGAACGUACCAUGCGUGGAAGGCAAAUGCGAUUGGACGCAGUGCCAAAACUGUGCGGGAGUUUCUCGAGAAGAACUACACUGAAGAAGCCAUCGCUAGUGACAAUGACGCCAUCAAACUGGCUAUUAAAGCCUUACUGGAGGUUGUCCAGUCUGGUGGAAAGAAUAUUGAGCUGGCUGUGAUCAGGAGAAACCAGCCUCUCAAGAUCCUAGAGUCCAAAGAGAUCGAGACACUGGUUGCCGAAAUUGAAAAGGAGAAAGAGGAGGAAGCUGAGAAGAAGAAGCAGAAGAAGUCUUCAUAGGUCAUAGACACACUCGAGCUAACUUCAAUACGCCGUUAUUUUUUCCCUCUUUUUAUAUUGGCACAAGCACUUGGUCCACAGUUUGCCUGAUGUUGGCUUCAUUUCUCAUCCACUGUUGGUUACAUGCACCAUCAAUAUUCCUCAAAACCUCACUGGGAGUAUUACAUUAAUAAUAAAUCCUCUUUCAAUACAGAACUUUUGUUUGACCUGCCUUUUUAAAAUGUCUAUAACGAGAGGCUUCUUGUAUAGAUGAAGUCCAGUUCCAUAUACAGUGAUGGCCAUUUAUAAAAGCAUUUCCCUGUUAUUUCAUUUCUGUUCAUGUCUAAUUAGAUACUGUGCUGUUGGCUUCAUAUCACAGUGAAGAUUUUGCACGGAUGUGCUCAAACUAACUCGCCCAAAUAAAGUAUUGUGGUUUGUA